GAGAGCUCGCUAUAAAUGGUCUGAUUUGACGGAUGAACAACUGCUGGAGUUGUUCGAAUCAGUCCCGUCGGAUGUGGACAUGUCGAGUAUUUCGAGUGACGACGAGGAUGAAGACGUGGCAGAGGCACUUAACACUGCAUUAGUAGAUGUCUCUACUGUAUCCUUAAUGUGCAGUAAUAUUGAAAACAAUGAAAAUACUGUGCAGAGCCAUGAGCCUUCCCGAAAAACUCGUAAGAGGCCUCGAUCACCAUUGCCAGUUAUUGAAGGAGCAACACCUGUAUCUUUACCGUCUUCUGGUGGUUUUAAUGGGCUUGGUAUCGAAUCAAUUAUAAAGGAACCUAGUAAAGUUAUGUGGCGACAGCAAUCUAUGCAAUUGCACAUAAACAAUGUUGCUUUUCAAGGCGACUCUUCGUUGCCAUCCAAAAUAACUGAUCUGAAAACUCCGUUUCAACUAUUAUGUUAUUUUUUAAACUCGGACAUUAUAAGUAUAAUCGUCAAGGAAACAAUGCGCGCAGCCUUAAAGGACAAUAUUGCCAACAAGUUUAAGAUAACAACGGAAGAUAUUCAUCACUAUAUAGGAAUUUUAAUUUACAUAUCGCUACCCUAA